AUCUCUCAGUCAGGGUCUUCUGCUGACCUCUUUACCAAAACAGACAGCUCGCCUGGCAACCUAGCCAGCCAGAAUGGAGAGUAUCAUGAAUAUGACUCAGGAAACGAUACUUCCUCCCCUCCCUCCACUCAAACGAGCUCAUCCAGGUCAAAGGACAGCCAGGAGAAAAGAAGUCUAGUCCAUGAUGGCUUUGGCCAUGCCUUCUCGUCCGGGAAGCCCAAACUGGCCAACAGUGAUAACAGCUCUGAUUCAGGAAAUUCCUUCACCAGUUGCUUUUCCCAGACCAAGGGAACAGCUUUGGAAAAUCUGUCUCCAGAUGCCCAGGGACAAGACCGAAGGGGGUGCCUGUCCUUGUGUCUCAGCUGUUCAGAGGAGAAGAAGCAAAACUUCCUCUCAUCCCCAACCCACAGCUCCCUGCUGAGGCCGUGCUCCCGCAGCGAGUCCUACACCAGCACGGGCAGAUCCUCCCCUGGCUCCAGCUGCUCCAGCCACUCCCAGUCCUCACACCACAAGGCCUCUCCCAGGUACUCCCGAAGCAGGUCCUGCUCUUCAGGAAAGAGGUCUUCUUCACGUUCCCCCAGCUAUUCCUCCAAAUCCUGCAAAAAAAGUCCUGGGAGCAGGAGUUCAAGGCCUCGCCGGAGCCCCAGUUACUCCCGCUACAGCCCUAGCAGAGACCGCGAGCGAGAGCACAAGUACGGCUCCAGUGAGAAGGAGUCGCACAGGGAGCGUGACCGGCGGCGGCGGCGGCGGCGACGUUCCUAUUCACCCCUGAGGAAACGCAGGAGAGACUCUCCCAGCCACCUGGAAGCUCGGCGCAUCACAAGUGCCCGCAAACGCCCCAUCCCCUACUACCGUCCCAGUCCCUCCUCCUCCAGCAGCGCCAGCAGCUACUCCUCCUGGUACAGCAGCUUUAGCCGGUCCCGGAGCCGGAGCUACUCCAGCUACCGGACAAGCCGAAGCCGAAGCUGGAGCAGCAGCAGCACCGAGGGCAGGAGCCGCAGCCGGAGUUCAGGCCCCAGGAGCAGCUGCAGCAGGAGCAGGAGCUAUGACUCAGGAGGCAGCUCCGACAGCCUGCAUCGCUAG